ACAGAUGGGCAGAAUUUCGAUUUCAUAGUAGUUGGUGCUGGGUCGGCGGGAUCCGUAAUAGCCAGUCGACUUUCGGAGGUCACAGACUGGAAUGUGCUACUGAUCGAGGCAGGGCAAAACCCACCGGAUUUUUCAGUGGUUGCUGGUUUAUCAGCAUAUUUGGCUCGCACCAAGUACGACUGGAAUUACGAGUCAGAAGACGACGGAUACUCGAGCCAGAGUCACAAAAACAAGAACAUUCACUAUUCGAGGGGCAAGGCGCUUGGCGGGUCCAGCAGUAUCAACUUUAUGUACUACGUCAGAGGAAACAAGGCUGACUACGACACGUGGGAAGAACUUGGUGGUCAAGGAUGGGGCUGGGAUAACGUCACAUAUUAUUUCAAAAAAAGCGAAGGCAACCAAGAUCAAGAAAUCAUGCAGUCCGACUCAGCUGAUCUCCACAAUUCAACGGGCCCUUUAAAAAUUACAAGACCAGCAACGGAUACUCAGACUACUAAAUAUUUUGAAGCAUUUGGUUACAAGCAUGAGAUAUUGACGGAUACAAAUGGACAUGAGCAGCUUGGAUACUCGUUGCCUCAAUACUCGAUUGCUGAUAAGCAACGACAAAGCGCGGCAAUUGCCUUCCUUAGCCCUGAUACCGUUAAAAAUCGAUCAAAUCUUUUUGUGCUCAAGGAAGCACUUUGCACUAAAAUUAUUUUUGAUGAGAACAAAAGAGCUACUGGCGUAGAGGUGAAAUUGUCUUCUGAUAAAAUUAUAAGUUUAUACGCUACCAAGGAGGUGAUACUGUCAGCUGGUGCGGUCAAUAGUCCGCAAUUACUUAUGUUAUCCGGUAUAGGACCUCAGGACCAUUUGAAUGAAAAAGGUAUUCAAGUGUUAGUUAAUUCCCCAUUAGUGGGACAAAACUUACAAGACCAUGCAUUGGUACCUGUAAUCUUAACAGGUAAAAAAAGCCUCUUAUCCGCAGUUGGAAACCUAAAAAUAUUAUCGUAUAUCGACGAACUCAACGUCAGCCCAUCUUUAGCAGGAUUCGUUUCGCUCUCUGAUGAUCAGCUGUAUCCAGAUUACCAGACUAUAGUUUUUCCAUUCCCUACGGGCUCCAUAUUUUCUACUGCAAUUUGUUCUUACGUAUUUGAAUGGGAUGAUCAGAUUUGCACGGCAGUGGCACAGUCUGGUCAGACGAAAGAAAUUUUGUUCGCAUUGUUGACUUUAUUGCAACCCGAUUCUCGCGGCAGAAUUGAACUCAGAACCAAUAAUCCUGAAGAUACUCCUAAAAUAUAUACCGGUUACUUCUCAAAUGAUACAGAUUUAGAGAAACACGUAAAAUGCGUUCAAGAUUAUGUCAGCGUUGUUGAUAGUCCAUAUUUAAAAAGCUUGGAUUCGGAAGUUGUUGAUUUGAAUGUUCCUCAGUGUGUUGGUAUAGAUUUUAACACUGAAGAAUACUGGAAAUGUUUUGUUUUAAACACGGCGUCAUCGUUUUAUCAUCCUUCUGGUACUUGCGCGAUGGGUGAAGAGGGUAUGAGUGUGGUAGACGCAGAACUUAAGGUGAGGGGGGUGAGUGGGUUGAGAGUAGGAGAUGCCAGCAUAAUACCACGCAUUACUAGUGGCAAUAUCAACGCACCUUGUAUUAUGAUUGGUGAGAAGCUGGCAGAUAUGAUUAAAAAUACUUACGGAUAUUGAUUAUUGUUUUUGCAAACUAGUUCAGUUUUAUGUUGGUUUAAUAUUGUCAGGUGACAACCAAAACUCACUAAUUACUACCACAAGAGCCAUAGUGAACCGUACUAGUAGCAA